ACAGUGACAGACCCCAUGCCUCUGAAGCUGAGUGAAAGGGUAGAAUGUGAAGCUGAGUGAAGGGGUAGAAUGUGACCUCUUUUUCAGCUAAGAUAAAGGAAUUAUUUCAUAGAACAGCAGGCCUCAUCAAAAGGAAGUUUCUGCUCUUUAUUCUGUGUUUUGGUUAGUCAACCGCUAGCUAUCAGUGACAGUGAAAGACAAGGACAUACAGCCAGAGGAAACAGCCAAAGCCUUAAAGAGAUGUCUGGUGGUCCCUUCUCCUGCUUCUCCAAACAGGGAAUACUACUCGUCCUACUCUCUAACCUCCAUUAUGUUGUGGGUGUUCCUCUGAUCAUCAACAAGAGAGUGGGGGACUCCGUGGAGCUGCUGGCAGGCUUAGAGACGGGACAUUUCAAAUCCUUGGUGUGGAAGUAUAUGAGAAAGGAUAUUGCAGAAUUCAACACAGAAGUUGUAUAUUCACCUGGAUCCCAGUUUGUGGGGAGACUAAAGAUGAACACCAAAAACUUCAGUUUAACAGUCAGAGAACUGACACUGCAAGACUCAGGGGAUUUUCUACACAGUAAGACCAUCACUCUGAAGGUCCACGAGCCUAUAUCCAAGGUGGUGAUCCAGACAGACAUCAAGCUAUUGGCCAACUGCUCCUGUACGGUACGGUUGGUGUGCAAUGUGUCCUGCUACCCCAACCUUACCUACACCUGGGAGAGAAACAAUGAGAUCUACGGGGACGCCCAGCAGAUUUACUUCUCUCUCUCACCAGCAGAGAGAAACAUUAGUGUAAAGUGCAACGCCUCCAACCUAGUCAGUUGGAAAACUGCCUUUGAGAUGGAAAAGUGUGGUAAUGACACAACCACUCCAGAAUAUGUGACAGGACUGGUGUGGUAUACCAUCUACAUCGGAAUAUCAGUGGGAGGCGCUGUGUUGAUCCUCACUGUAGCUGUGGCAGUGUGCUACUGCAGGGGCCAAAGUAACACAGAAGAUCUAAUUGACAACACAAUAUAUGCUGAUGUUAUGGACAACACAAUAAUUAGAGAUACAAGAUCAAACAGUCAUGUAAACCCAAUAUCCAUCUAUGAAACUGUCAAUGAUCUGGUUAUCCCAAGAUUGAACAAGCUGCAGACUCUGUAUGAUAAGAUCACAUUUGGACGCCCAGAAGGCCCCCCUUCUCCCUACCAGGAAGUACUGUGA